GGUCCUCGCUACUUGAUGGCCCGGGGAGUUACGGAAGUGCCCCACUUGGUCUUUGUGCGCGGAGCUCUCAGAUGAAGACGUCGCGGGCUCCGUGAAGCGACGAGGCGAUCAGCUGCUCGCUGCUUUGCUGCUGCUGCUGCUGCUGCUGCCCGCACGCCCUGCCCUGCCUGCCCUGCCUGCCCUGCUGCUGCUGCUGCUGCAACGGCGGGAGGCGUACUGUGAUGGCAGCUUCCUUGCAGGGGGAAGAGUCUCGCCUCGCGUCCGCUCCCCUCGCCAUGCUCGCCGCGACCUGCAACAAAAUCGGCAACACGCGCUCCGUGUCCCCGCUGGGCGAGACGCACUUCGGCGGCAAGGGCGGAUUCUACCCCUGGAAGAAGCCCAGCGCCUCCAACGGAGGCGGCUAUGGAUCGGCCACGCGGACCGGGCGAACAUCAGCAACAGCAGCAGCAACAGCAGCAGCAGCAACAUCAGCAGCAACAGCAGCAACAGCAGCAGCAACAGCAACAUCCAGCCUCGGUAGCAUCAGCAACAACAACAGCAGCGGCGGCUCUAGCGCGUUCAGCGCCGCGUCUUGCACCACGGCCUCGUUCGGCGGCGACUACUCUGCGUACCACGGCGGCGGCGGCGUCUCGUCGCCCGAGCCCACGCACUCCGCCUUCGUCUCCAAGGUGCACUCGUCCGUGGAGGGGCUGCAGGGCAUGUACUCUCGCGUGGGCAUGCCGCCCCCUCCUCACCACCACCACCACCACCACAACCCCUACGAGUCGUGGUUCAAGGCGGCGGGCGCAGGCCACGGCGACGCGACGGCCGGCGGCGCCUCCGCGGCCGCCGCCGCCGCGUGGUGGGACGUGCACGGCACGGGCUGGCUCGACGUGCAGGCCGGCGCCGCGGGUGGCCUGCAGGCCCCGCUGCAGCCCUCCUUCCACUCGCAGCUAGGCGGCUACAACUCGGACUACGCCGCCAGCCUGGGCCACACGGCGGCGGCGGCGGCCUUCGGCGGCGCGUCGCCCCACCUGCUGCCCUCGGCCGCCCAGCACCUGCUGGCGCAGAACGGCAUGCUGCCCACCUACGCCGAGUCCACCGCGACGGGGGGCGGCGGCGGCGGCGGCGGCGGCGGCGGCGGGGCGCUGUCGGCCGGCCCCGCCAUCGCGGGCGCCCCGGGCCUGGGCCCAGCGCCGACACCGCGCGGCUCCAGCCGGCGGUUCCCGGGGCGCGCCACCUGCGACUGCCCCAACUGCCAGGAGGCGGAGCGGCUGGGGCCGGCGGGCGCCAGCCUGCGGCGGAAGGGCCUCCACAACUGCCACAUCCCGGGCUGCGGCAAGGUGUACGGCAAGUCGUCGCACCUCAAGGCGCACCUGCGCUGGCACACGGGCGAGCGGCCCUUCGUGUGCAACUGGCUGUUCUGCGGCAAGCGCUUCACGCGCUCGGACGAGCUGCAGCGGCACCUGCGCACGCACACGGGCGAGAAGCGCUUCGCGUGCCCCGUGUGCAACAAGAGGUUCAUGCGCAGCGACCACCUGAACAAGCACGCCAAGACGCACAGCGGCGGCAAGACGGGCAGCGAGAGCGACCCCGAGACGAGCAACCCCGAGUCGCCGUCGCACCCCCACUCGCCCGACGCGGGCGGGGAGUCGGCGGGCUCCAUGCAGGAGUCGGGCGGCAUGAUGGUGGUGGGCGGUCAGGACCAGCGGCUGGCUUGAGCUUCGGCGGGUUGGGAUGAGGCCGUUGGGAUGGGAUUGUUAUCAAGACGACGACGGCGACGCCGGCGGUGAUUCUAAUCAUCGUGAAUUAUCGCGCGGCGACUUCGUUUUUGGGCCAGAGAUGUCUUCACGUGGUGCUGGCGAUGGGGGCUGUUGGUGGCGGUACGUUGGGGCCGGCGCGUCUCUCCGUCACUGAAGGGCCGGGGAUGCGUAGAAGAGGCGUUUUUUUUGGUUUUCACGUAAAAAUGUUCUCGUGAAGUUUUGGGUACAAGCCGUGAGCAUCACCUCCCCCCCCACUCCCCCCGCGGCUUCUUUCACCUUCGUACGGAGCGAGCCGAGUGGGGAGUAAGACUUUGUGUGUGGAGAGGAGACUUAAGUGCACCGAUGGUGGACAGCCAAACAACACUCAAGCCUCCCGCCGCUUUUAGUCGGGGUCUUCUCACCCCGAUGUCUGAGCCUGACCCGGACUCUAACCUCAACGCCAAACCCCCUCGUCGUCGCACCUCGCUCCGUCUACCCUUCGUGACCCCCUCGAUCGAUCGAACGCGUCUACGGAUGCUCAACAACAGCAGCAGCAGCAGCCGCAGCAACAACAUCAUCAUCAAGAACAACAACAACAACAAACAAUCCCUAACUGUUGCCCGCUCACGUCAAUAUUCAACGUGGGCCGAUGUCAGCGUUAAUAAAUAAACAAAACACGUUAAAGGUGCAGCCCCGCAAGUGCUUGCUCGCGCCCCUGCUGCCGGACAGAACGGCGGUCCUCCGCUCGAGGGAAGUUCCGGGAGCGUGGAGGUCUUACAGCGGGCAUUGCUUGGCCUACUCUUCCACGCUCGCCAGAGGGACGUCUUGGAAGACGCCCCGGGCUCGGGAGGGAAGAGAGGGGAGGCGAGACUGAAGCUGUCCGUCAAAGAUGUUUGACUCUUGUCUGGACCGUGUUAUCAGUGCUGUGCCCGUUGAGGUCUUAUCACCAUCGGUUCCGCACCAGGUGAGAUGUUGUCAUAAUUAUUCUUAUUAUAAUUAAUAAUAUGGAAAGAGAGCGAGAGAGAGAGGAAAAAUAAAUAUCUAUUAGUAAAAAAAAAUGAGAUUACAGAUUCGUGAAUAAAGCUUUUGGCAAUCAUAUAUAGAGUUAUAACGUGGAUUUGGAUAUAGUUGACUAUAACACGUGCACGCGUGCGUGCGUGUGUGUGUAUAUACUCGUCUGUUCACUGUUUGCGAGAAAAGGAAUCAUUGCCUUGAUGACUUUGAGCAUUUAGCGCGCUCGCAAUUUGUACAUGGUUUGUAAAAAAAAUUACGAUGGUGAUGAUGAUGAUUUAAUGAUGUUGAUAACUGAUGAUGAUGAUGUUGAUAAUAAUAUGAAUUUAAUAAUAAGGGCGACAUGUUAGACUUAUAAUAAUAGGGGAGGGGGGGUUCCCUACCGUUGUGUUUUAACUUAAGUGUGGUGUGAAGACACGUGUAAGAAUUCGAUGAAAUGGAAUUGAUAAGAAUUAUGGAAAAAAAAACCCCGCUCGUUGAAAAAAAUUAAAAUGCAAAUGCGCGCUAAACUACA